GCGACUAAAAACUGUCGACGGUAUGCAUCUUUGCCAAUUGCCGGAAUUUUUGGAGAAACUGAAGUCAUCGGGGAUCGUUAUUACACGUGACCCGAAUGACAAUGAAAUGACUUUCACAAAUAACAUCAAAACACCCUAUCUCUCCAGCCUGCUCUCUAACAUCGAAAAAAGAUUUGAAGAUCAAGGAGUAAUGACGUCCUUUACCGUCUUCAAUCCGGAUGCGUUGCCAUUGCCUGAUUCUGGAGAAGAGUUUGCCGAGUACGGCAACGGUGAAAUAGAAAAGCUCUUCACUCAUUUUCAUCCUUCUGACGUAGACGAAUUUGUUGAGGAAAGCCUUGAGGAAUGGUCAAGCUACAAGGAGCGUCUAGCGAUAAAUAGGAGAGAAUCGGCGUCAUACACUUGCAAAGAAGUUCUGGACGAUCUAUGCGGUGACUUAUCAACCAAAAGAAUGUUUCCCAAGCUUUCAUCAAUAGCAUGCAUUUGCAGAGUUAUUCCGAUGCACACAGCCAGUGUUGAGCGCACUUUCUCUCAACUAAACUUGAUAAAAACGGAUAUACGAAAUCGAAUGAGCGAAAGAACCCUGGACGCACUGCUAAGAAUUGCCGUAAACGGUCCUUCUUUGGAAAAUUUUCCCGUGAAAGAUGCUGCGAAACUGUGGGCUCUAAAGAAGAAUCGCAGACUUUCGGUAAAAUAAAGCAUGUCGAUAAGCGUUUGGAUUGUUGAAAUAAAUGUGAAAAAUGGAGUCAAAAUUUAUCCGUAAAAACCACGCCCCCCAAAAUUUUUUCGGGGGCCUCGCCCCCCAACCCCCAUCGCUCAUGACCCAUACAAGAAAAAACCACGG